GAACAGUGCGAAGCCAGUGUGCUUAGGAAGAGAGAGAAUGGUUUUGAGGGCCAGUGUAAAAAGUUGGAUUCCAUUCUAGACACUAGCGGUGGCAUUGGAAUGGUGGUGCACAAUGUGCAGACAGCACACCCCCACUGGGAUGGGAUGGGCCCUUUGUACCACUGCCUCUGUGACAUCACUGGACUAUGACGUCACGGCAGAAAGCUCUUGCCCCGCUGGCCCCGCAACCCGCGCCGCAGUAACAUCCCCGCGUCGCAGGAACAUCGCAGUAACAUCUCCGCUCGCAGUAACAUCGCGGCGAGUCCCUGGGCAGCCAGGCCAUGAAAUUUUAGGAGGCCAUGCGGAAGCGCGACAUCGUCCUCACCAAUGUCACCGUGGUCCAGCUGCUACGAAAGCCAUGUCCCUGUGAUUGUGCAGCUCAUUGCCACACUCCACUCCUCCCAACAGUGAUCAGACCACCACCACCACCACCACCACAAAAAGUUGAGGCAGAGCCAGAGCCAGAGCCAGAGCCAGAGCCAGAACCAGAGCCAGAGCCACAGCCAGAACCAGAGCCAGAGCCAGAGCCAGAGCCUAUCAAGGAGGAAGCCCCUCCUCCUCCUCCUCCUCCUCCCCCUCCUCCUCCUCCACCUCCUCCUCCUCCUUCUCUACCUCUUCCACCUCCUCUAACUAAGAAGCCUUCUGCGAUUCGGGAACUGACUGUUGGCAUCAAUGGAUUUGGACGCAUCGGCCGCCUGGUGCUGCGAGCUUGCAUGCAGAAAGGUGUUAAGGUAGUAGCAGUGAACGAUCCAUUCAUUGACCCGGAAUAUAUGGUGUACAUGUUUAAGUAUGACUCCACCCAUGGCCGAUACAAGGGAACUGUGGAAUACAAGAAUGGACGGCUGGUUGUGGAUAAACAGGAGAUCAGUGUCUUCCAGUGUAAGCAGCCCAAAGAGAUCCCUUGGAAAUCUGUCGGGAGCCCCUAUGUGGUAGAGUCGACAGGAGUGUACCUGUCCCAAGAGGAAGCUUCUAACCACAUCCAGGCAGGUGCCUUCCGUGUGGUCAUCAGCGCACCCUCACCAGAUGCACCCAUGUUUGUAAUGGGGGUGAACGAAAAGGACUAUAAUCAUGAUUCCAUGAAAGUUGUCAGCAAUGCAUCCUGCACCACCAACUGCCUGGCCCCCCUUGCCAAGGUCAUUCAUGAGCGAUUCGGGAUUGUGGAAGGACUGAUGACCACAGUCCAUUCCUACACGGCCACUCAGAAGACAGUGGACGGGCCAUCAAAGAAGGCCUGGAGAGAUGGACGAGGAGCCCACCAGAACAUCAUCCCAGCCACUACAGGGGCUGCCACGGCCGUGGGCAAAGUCAUCCCAGAGCUCAAAGGGAAGCUGACAGGAAUGGCGUUCCGGGUGCCAACCCCAGACGUGUCUGUUGUGGACCUGACCUGCCGCCUAGCCCGACCUACCACAUACUCAGCCAUCAAAGAUGCCAUAAAAGCAGCAGCCAAGGGACCAAUGGCUGGCAUACUUGCCUACACCGAGGAUGAGGUUGUCUCUACGGACUUUAUCGGCGACACCCAUUCGUCCAUUUUCGAUGCUAAAGCGGGCAUCGCGCUCAACGACAACUUCGUAAAGCUCAUUUCCUGGUACGACAAUGAAUUCGGCUAUAGUCACCGGGUGGUGGACCUCGUCCGUCACAUGUAUAGCCGAAACAAGUGAAGUGCGACAGCCCCUCCACUCCCCUGCGCUCCCAGUCCAGAACCUCCGCCUCUCCAAGAGCCCGUGGGCCACAAGCGAAAUAAAAAUGU